GGACUAUUAAACUGGUUUAAAUCUACUCUACUUUGGAUUCAAAGAAAGACUAGCACGCUAAAGGAUUAAAAUGGGCUGUUUCACAUUCGUCAAAUUGAUGAUGGUCUUGUUCAACUUGCUUAUCUUUCUGGGCGGCCUGACAUUGCUGGCCAUGGGGAUCUGGGUGAGCGUGGAUGGGGGCUCCUUCCUUCAGCUGCUGGGACCAUUCUCCAUCCAAGGCAUGCAGUUUGUCAACGUGGGCUUUUUCUGCAUCGCCAUCGGUGCCGUGCUGGUGCUGCUGGGGUUCCUGGGCUGUUGUGGGGCCCGCAAGGAGAGCAAAUGUCUGCUGCUCACGUUCUUCUCCAUCAUCCUCAUCAUAUUCAUCGCUGAAGUGGCAGCUGGAGUCGUGGCUCUGGCCUACUCUUCAUUUGCGGAGGGGAUCCUCAGAGCGUGGGCGACCCCUGCUUUACAGAAAGACUACGGCACUGAUCCCGUUGUCACUAAGAUCUGGAACAGCACCAUGGCAGAGCUGAAAUGCUGCGGUUUCAACAACUACACAGACUUUGUGGGCUCUAACUUUGAAAAGGAGAACGGAGGCAGCUUGCCGACCGUCUGCUGCUGGACCAACAGCCUCGACUGCAGCCCUGUGGAAGCAGAGCUCAGCGCUGUGCAGGGCUGUUUCAAACAUAUCCUGGAGAUCCUCAAAGAGCAUGCCAACAUCGUGGGAGGCAUCGCAGCAGGAAUAGGAGUCUUAGAGAUUGCUGCCAUGAUCGUGUCCAUGUACCUCUACUGCCACCUGGACAGCAGAAUCAGCUGAGAGUCCUUCAACAGGAACAACCCAGAUGGAUCACGCGAUUUUUAAUUUGCAUUUUUUAACACUCCAUCACUAAAGAGUCUCUUUUCUUUCCGUUUCUUUUUUCAGAAAGAUGUCUAGCUUUACU